AUGUCAGAUUCUACUUUUACUUAUGAUCAAGAUGAAAAGGUAUUAUGUUUUCAUGGUCCUUUAAUUUAUGAAGCAAAAAUUCUUGAUCGUACUAUACAACACGACGAUCCAACUAUGAAAGGUCCAUUAUAUUAUGUCCAUUACAAAGGUUGGAAUAAAAAAUGGGAUGAAUGGGUGGACGAUACAAGGAUAUUAAGUUGGAACGAAGAAAAUCUCGCGUUACAACAACGAACGGAAGAAUUUUAUACCAAAAAGAAACCAACCAUGACGAAAAAGAGUACAAUUAUUUCAGAUACAUCUAGAAAGCGAUCCCGGGAAGAACUAGAAAAGGAAAAAGAUAAAAUGGAAUACAUAAAUAAACCUGAAAUACGAUUAGAUCUUCCUGAAGCCUUGAAAUGUCAAUUAGUGGAUGAUUGGGAAAAUAUUACAAAAAAUCAGCAAUUGGUACCAUUACCUCGAGAACCUACUGUAACUCAAAUCUUGGCACAAUACAAACAAUACAGAAUGGAAAAGAAAUCUGGAAAAGAAUGGAAUGCUGAAUUAAUGGAUGAAGUGAUAGAAGGAUUAUGUAUGUAUUUCAACAAAGCACUGGGUACCAUGUUAUUAUACCAAUUUGAACGACAACAAUAUUCAGAUAUACGACGAAAGAAUUCAUCAAAAGAUAUGGCCGAUAUCUAUGGUGCUGAACAUUUAUUACGACUUUAUGUACAAUUACCCAAUCUGAUCGCACACACAAGUAUGGAUGAAAGUACUGUGGUUGUUCUAGCUGAAUAUCUGGCUGAUAUCUUGAAAUAUAUUCAAAAAAUGCAAAAACAAUUUUUUGUGACCGAAUAUCAAAAUGCAAGUCCUUCUUAUGUAUCUCUGGUGAAUGGAAACUAA